AUGCCUUCCUACGAUAUCCCCACUGAGCAAUGGGCGCAGGUCCUUGAGAAGACCGGUGGCCCCGUCGUCUACAAGAAGAUCCCCGUCCCCAAGCCUGGCCCCGAUGAGGUCCUCAUCAACGUCAAGUACUCUGGCGUCUGCCACACGGAUCUGCACGCCGUGAUGGGCGACUGGCCCCUGGCCACCAAGAUCCCGCUGGUCGGCGGCCACGAGGGCGCCGGCGUCGUCGUCGCCCGCGGCGAGCUCGUCUCGGACAUUGAGAUCGGCGACCACGCCGGCAUCAAGUGGCUGCACGGCUCCUGCCUGUCGUGCAGCUACUGCCAGAACGCCGACGAGCCCCUCUGCGCCAAGGCCCUCAUGUCGGGCUACACCGUCGACGGCUCCUUCCAGCAGUACGCCACCGCCAAGGCCGCCCACGUCGCCCGCAUCCCCAAGCACGUCUCCCUCGAGGCCGUCGCCCCCGUGCUGUGCGCCGGCAUCACCGUCUACAAGGGCCUGAAGGAGUCCGGCGCCCGCCCGGGCCAGUACGUCGCCAUCGUCGGCGCCGGCGGCGGCCUCGGCAACAUGGCCAUCCAGUACGCCAAGGCCAUGGGCCUGCACCCCAUCGCCAUCGACGCCGGCGACGACAAGGCCAAGAGCUGCAAGGAGCUCGGCGCCAGCGCCUUCAUCGACUUCUCCAAGACCAAGGACAUCGUCGCCGACGUCAAGGCCGCCACCCCCGACGGCCUGGGCCCCCACGCCGUCAUCCUGCUCGCCGUCUCGGAGAAGCCCUUCCAGCAGGCCACCGAGUACGUCCGCUCCAGGGGCGUCGUCGUCUGCAUCGGCCUGCCCGCCAACGCCUUCCUCAAGGCCCCCGUCUUCGACACCGUCAUCCGCAUGAUCCAGAUCAAGGGCUCCUACGUCGGCAACCGCGCCGACACCGCCGAGGCCCUCGACUUCUUCGAGCAGGGCCUCAUCAAGUGCCCGUACAAGACCGUCGGUCUGAGCGAGCUCCAGAACAUCUACGACAUGAUGCACGACAUGAAGGUUGUCGGCCGCUACGUCGUUGACACCAGCCGAUAA